UUCAAAUGAAUACCUGUGUAUAUAAUUAUUAUCAAAGAUGCUAUUUCUUCAAACUAAUCUGAAAGUAUAAAGAGAUCUUGAUGCAUUUGUCAUUUAAUGAGUCAAUACGGGUCAGUGAUAGCAGAGAGUUGAGUGUCUGGAAAAUAACUGAAAAUCAAUAAUGGAGGCUUCUUUGGCAAUUAUUGCAAUGUUGAUGAUAUUACCUGCACACAGUCAAGUAAUUCAUGGUGGUUUGACUCCAUGGACAAAUUCCGGUAGUUGUUCACAAACGUGUGGUGGUGGUCAACAAACACAAUUGAGAACAUGCACCAAUCCACCACCUAGUGGUGGUGGUGACCCGUGUGAUCCGGAAGAAUCCAGAAUGCGAACAGUAUCUUGCAAUGCUCAACAAUGCCCCGCAGCAUGCAGUUACACCAAGCCGUGCAGUUGCAGCAAUGUCACCCAAUACACGACUGGAACUGAGCCUGAUCUCACUCUCGUACACUUUGCUGGAAUCAAACCAACUGAUUUAGAUACUGCAAGAUCUUACUUGACUAUUUGGAGACAAGACCUGUUCGAUGCAUUUUGCAAAGCUGCAAAAUGCAACUUGAGCACGCUGGAUGGCGGAGCAGCAAACAUGACGACAUACCUAACUUUUCUCGUAAACGUGGACAGUGCAUACAAAGCAGGAAGUGCUACAAUGAGAGAUGUGAUCGACUGCAAUGAAAACACUGCCAUAGAAGGUAACUUAUGGAAAGUGUAUGACCAUUUGUGUGAUCGUAGCGUUGCUAUCAAUGAAAUCAAAAGAGAUUUAAUGCAAAAGAAGACUUUGUUGGAAAAUGAAAGAAAAAGGUGUACUGAUAGAGGGUGGUUCCGUGGCUUCGUCGAAACUUUUUACAAGAAAUGGUAAACCGAGAUGGACAUUUUAAUUAUUACAUGUACAUUAAUUAUACAGACUCGUCACAAUAAUUAUGCAGAUUUGACAGAAUCCCUGCAAUGCACUCCUCACAAUUUUAUCUUUGUAAAAUAUGGACAAAGAAACCAAUUGAAUACAAUAUGCACAUAAUCAAUUAUCAGUCAUUACAAACAUGGAGGGAAAAAUAAAUCUUUAUUUUUACCUCAAUGUUACAAAUUAAUUCUUAAAUUCAAUCGCACGUUGUAUCAUAUAUAUUUUUUAAAAGAAAUAAUACAGAAUCUCGUUACAAUUUAUAACUUUGAAGCACAACAAAUGCCGCAUAUUUUCUGGUGCACAUUUUUAGGAAAUAUAUUUUUUUCAAUGUUA